GAUUGGGUCUUACUACGUUGCCCAGGUUUAUCUGGUACUCCUGGCCUUAAGCCAUCCUGUCUCAACCUUCCAAAGUGCUGAGAUUAUAGUCGUGAGCCACUGUGCCCAGCUGCUUUUUGUUAGUUUUCUGGAAUGUUGAAGGUCACAGUUUUCUCCUCGGCACUGACUGGGCCCUCUCCGACAGUAGCUUGUACUUAGAAUAAAGAAUCAGCUGAAAUGAAUGAAUGAAUGAAAAAAGAAUAUUUGUGGUUUUCAUUCAAAGUAGAAAAGUGAUGCUAUCAACAUUUUUUCCCCCUUGUGAAGGCACUGGAUUGAUCUAUGAUGGUGGAAUGCAAGAAGUACAUGUUCUACCAUCAGCAAACAGUUGACCCCCACCUCUGCUAGCAACUGGCGAUGGACUAGGUCCUACUGAUGUUGGCUAUCUUGCCUCCUGGUUGCUUGACUCCAGGAUCACAGAACAAUGACAAAAGACAAUUUCUGCUGGAGCGACUGCUGGAUGCAGUGAAACAGUGCCAGAUCCGCUUUGGAGGGAGAAAGGAGAUUGCCUCGGAUUCCGACAGCAGAUGGAGUUUCGCUCUUGUUGCCCAGGCUGGACUGCAAUGGCGCGAUCUUGGCUCACCGCAACCUCCGACUCCUGGGUUCAAGCGAUUCUCUUGCCUCGGCCUUCCAGGUAGCUGGGAUUACAGGGUCACCUGUCUGUGUGCCCAGUUUGAAGCCGUCCUGCAGCAUGGCUUGAAGAGGAGUCGAGGAUUGGCGCUCACAGCGGCAGCGAUCAAGCAGGCAGCGGGCUUUGCCAGCAAAACUGAAACAGAGCCCGUGUUCUGGUACUACGUGAAGGAGGUCCUCAACAAGCACGAGCUGCAGCGCUUCUACUCCCUGCGCCACAUCGCCUCAGACGUGGGCCGGGGCCGUGCCUGGCUGCGCUGUGCCCUCAACGAACACUCCCUGGAGCGCUACCUGCACAUGCUCCUGGCCGACCGCUGCAGGCUGAGCACUUUUUAUGAAGACUGGUCUUUUGUGAUGGAUGAAGAAAGGUCCAGUAUGCUUCCUACCAUGGCAGCAGGUCUGAACUCCAUACUCUUUGCGAUUAACAUUGACAACAAGGAUUUGAAUGGGCAGAGUAAGUUUGCUCCCACCGUUUCAGACCUCUUAAAGGAGUCAACACAGAACGUGACCUCCUUGCUGAAGGAGUCCACGCAAGGAGUGAGCAGCCUUUUCAGGGAAAUCACAGCCUCCUCUGCCGUCUCCAUCCUCAUCAAACCUGAACAGGAGACCGACCCCUUGCCUGUCGUGUCCAGGAAUGUCAGUGCUGAUGCCAAAUGCAAAAAGGAGCGGAAGAAGAAAAAGAAAGUGACCAACAUUAUCUCAUUUGAUGAUGAGGAAGAUGAGCAGAACUCUGGGGACGUGUUUAAAAAGACACCUGGGGCAGGGGAGAGCUCAGAGGACAACUCCGACCGCUCCUCUGUCAAUAUCAUGUCCGCCUUUGAAAGCCCCUUCGGGCCAAACUCCAAUGGAAGUCAGAGCAGCAACUCAUGGAAAAUUGAUUCCCUGUCUUUGAACGGGGAGUUUGGGUACCAGAAGCUUGAUGUGAAAAGCAUCGAUGAUGAAGAUGUGGAUGAAAACGAAGAUGACGUGUAUGGAAACUCAUCAGGAAGGAAGCACAGGGGCCACUUGGAGUCGCCCGAGAAGCCACUGGAAGGGAACACCUGCCUCUCCCAGAUGCACAGCUGGGCUCCGCUGAAGGUGCUGCACAAUGACUCCGACAUCCUCUUCCCUGUCAGUGGCGUGGGCUCCUACAGCCCAGCAGAUGCCCCCCUCGGAAGCCUGGAGAACGGGACAGGACCAGAGGACCAUGUUCUCCCGGAUCCUGGACUUCGGUACAGUGUGGAAGCCAGCUCUCCAGGCCACGGAAGUCCUCUGAGCAGCCUGCUACCUUCUGCCUCAGUGCCAGAGUCCAUGACAAUUAGUGAACUGCGCCAGGCCAUUGUGGCCAUGAUGAACAGGAAGGAUGAGCUGGAGGAGGAGAACAGAUCACUGCGAAACCUGCUCGACGGUGAGAUGGAGCACUCAGCCGCGCUCCGGCAAGAGGUGGACACCUUGAAAAGGAAGGUGGCUGAACAGGAGGAGCGGCAGGGCAUGAAGGUCCAGGCGCUGGCCAGAGAGAACGAGGUGCUCAAAGUCCAGCUGAAGAAAUAUGUAGGAGCUGUCCAGAUGCUGAAAAGAGAAGGUCAAACAGCUGAAGUGCCAAAUCUUUGGAGUGUUGAUGGAGAAGUUACAGUAACUGAACAGAAGCCGGGAGAAAUUGCUGAAGAACUUGCAAGCUCCUACGAAAGAAAGCUCAUCGAGGUGGCGGAGAUGCAUGGCGAGCUGAUUGAGUUCAACGAGCGCCUGCACAGGGCCCUGGUAGCCAAGGAAGCCCUCGUGUCCCAGAUGAGGCAGGAGCUCAUUGAUCUCCGGGGACCGGUGCCUGGAGAUUUGAGUCAAACGUCUGAAGACCAGAGUUUGUCGGAUUUUGAAAUAUCAAACCGGGCGCUGAUCAAUGUCUGGAUCCCCUCAGUGUUUCUCCGGGGCAAAGCAGCAAAUGCAUUCCACGUGUAUCAGGUCUACAUCCGGAUAAAAGACGAUGAAUGGAAUAUUUAUCGCCGGUAUACAGAGUUCAGGAGUUUGCACCACAAGUUACAAAACAAGUACCCUCAAGUGAGGGCCUACAAUUUCCCACCCAAAAAGGCCAUUGGAAACAAGGAUGCCAAGUUUGUGGAGGAACGGAGAAAGCAGCUCCAGAAUUACCUGCGCAACGUCAUGAACAAAGUCAUCCAGAUGGUCCCCGAGUUCGCCGCCAGCCCCAAGAAGGAGACCCUCAUCCAGCUGAUGCCCUUCUUCAUAAAUCUCUCAGGCUCAGCUUUCCAGCUGAGACAGCAGUCUCGCCGCUUUCUAUGGGCAGCACAUGGAGAAAGGACACGAUCACAUGGAGAUUCGUCAGCACGGCGACAUCACCCUGCCCGGAGAGCCUGUGAACAACAGCCGGCCCAAAGCAGCUUCCCGCUUCCCCAAACUGUCCCGGGGUCAGCCCCGGGAGACCCGCAACGUGGAGCCCCAGAGCGGCGACCUCUGACCUCGACAGAACCCCAGCCACAGGCCCUAUGCGCCGCACCAGCUGCCUCCACCCCAGCCACCGCUGCUGGCCCGUCACCUCAGCGUGACAACCACGUCCACCUGGUGACCCUGAGAGCACACGAUUCCCAACAGUUACACAACACCCCGAUUAAACUAGUUAGUCUUCGAGCUGCAUGGUCCCGUGAUCUGAGAGAGCAAGGCAGCACCUCACUGGACAGACUGGGACACACAGUUCUUCUGCUUCUGGGGUCUGCCCUAGGCUGUAAGGGCUGUUCCUCCACCUUCCUGUAGUUCAAGGCUGGCAGGAGGGUGGGCACCAGGUCAGGCUGGGUGCCCCCUGGUUGAGAUGCACAGCUGAGCCCCUAUAUAGGAAGGUUCAUACAGAGCUAGCCUCUCCACUCUUUCCCACAUGGGGACUAGAAUGACUAUUAGCCUCUCCUUUUGCUUUUUAAGGUUAUUGCCUGGCCUAACCUAGGGACGGCUGGCUUUGGGGGGGGGGGGGGGGGGGGCCUGGUUCCUUUCAUUGCAUUUUCCACCAACAGUCAUUAGACAUCUGGCACUGUCACAGCUCACUUUUCCAGAGGGAUAUUCCUGUGGUCUUGGCAAGGAGCCAUUAGUGAUGUGUAACUUGAGUUCAGAGAACUUCCCCUACCUCCCCCAUGGCUGGCUUCAGGAAGGGCCAGUGCCCUCCAUAGCCUGAGGCCACCUAGGCCCUCGCCAGGCUUGGCGUGGGGGGACUCCAACAUCUGGCCCAGCCAUCAGCAGCAACCUAGUAACCCGGCGCCAUCCAGCAUGUCCUAAGUAGCAUUGGCUUUACAGUCAUGAGAGACUUGGGUCAGGGAACCACUACAGAAGGUUCCAUGGUUUUCAAACCAGGCUCCAUGUCUAUGAAGUUGGACCCAGUGUGGACACUGAACAGAUCAUGUCUCUCUCCACUAAAGACAUUUUCCAUCCCGUCUGCCCCCCACAUUGUCCUUGAUAACAGAACUCUGCAUCCCCUAAGACAGAGUCCUCUGUUCCUCCCAUGUCAGGGUGGCUCUCAGAGUACAGAGGCCUUGGCAGGUGGAGAGGAGGAGGGGGACCAGCAGCUGGGCAGCCCCCAGGGCUGCUCCUCCAGUGAGCUGACAUCAGAGCACCUCGCAGGGCAUGAGCCGUCCUCAGAUGCUCAGCAAAGUUGAGGCAGUUUGCAUUUCUAGGGUAAACUAACUAGGAAGGAUGUCGUGAAAUGGACUAUGCAAGAGUAAGUUUGUGUGUUCCGCCUUAAUCUGAGGCAGAGAUGCAGCAGAACCUGAGGACAAAAGCAGGUGGAAGGUGACAGAUGGCAAGCCAUAGGCUUGUCCUGGAAGUGCUUCAACUCAGUGGCUUAAAAUGUGAACUGCCCAGGUGAGCAUGGUCCAUCUCCUAGGCUCGAGGACAUCUCUGGAUAAUCAUCUGGAAGGUUUAUACUGUGCCUUCCCCUCGUAGCAAGAAGGAAGAUUGUUCGUGGCCUUUAAGGAAGGCUGAGCUCACUCACACACAGCGCGCGCCCCCCCCCCCCCCCCCCCCCCCCCCCCCAAAAAAAAACCGAGGCAGCCUACAUGACUUCCAAGGGGACCUGGGGCCAGGUAAGCCCUGCCCCGGUGAGACCAUAUGAGCCGGAGCGUGUAUGAAGGUGCGGACCCUGCAGUCAGUUUGCGAGUGUGGAGGACCCGAGACACCCUGUAAAGGCAACUUGGUCUCCUCCCACUCACCUGCCAACAUUGCUGCAAUACACAUGCUUUAUCUGAAAUUCCAGGGCCAGAGUGCACAUCAGCCUACGUGACUGGUAACUCUAAAUAGAGAGCCCUAAUGGACUGAGGCAGGGAACGUCUAAAAGCUCCAUCUGCUGUAUGUCAUGACCCCUCAGGUUGGGUUUAUGCCACAUAAGUCAUUUUGAAGUAGGUGUUUGAUGCCAGCUCAGACUGUCUCAGGAGUGCCUCCCGGGCCCGGGCACCUGCCUGGAGGUCAAUCUCCCUCUUCUCUGUUGGAUAAAGGAACCUCCCCCAUCUCUGACAUUCCCCUGGGCCCAGGCUUAUGACCUGCACCUUUUCUGACACCUGCCCCCGAAGCACAGGAUGUGAAUUGGGUCUUACUCUCUUCCAGAUACCCCACCAGGAAGCACCUUAGACAUUCUGCACAUGAUAACAAUGCAACAAAGAGUCCCCCAUUGCUGAGAGGUACUAACCCGUGAGAAACAAGUAUGCUCUCAGCUGGUAUUGAACGGGUGGGAGAAACUGCCUCCCACUUUUAUAAUGCUGAAUUAUUCACAAAAAACCUGGUCUGCUCUCCAAAAUGAGGAGAGCAUGUUCCUGGGAGCCACAUGGGGACCAUCGCCAGCUGCCUGCUCCUGGUACCUCUCCCAUGAUCAUGCACAGACCCUAGAGUCAUCUCCCAGAUCCAGACCAUCUCCUCUGAUUCUGAGAAAUGCUGGUGGCCGGCACGUGACAGCAACUCCCCCGAAGCCUUCCCUUUGGAAUCCCAUAGGAUGUCCUGCAAUGAUUGGGUCCAUCUUGCUGCUCAGAAGAACCCCGUCCUGCUCUCUAGUGCAGUGGGAUGAACUUCAGGCAACAGACAACUGGCAGGGUUCCCAGUUCCUGGAGUAAUGGGGCAGAAACACCCAGGCCUAGCAGGAUUGUGGAUGGAACCUGGUGCCCAAAUUCCACACCCUGGAAAUGUGUCAUCUGCCCGUCAGCCUGGAUUCAAUUCUGAGGGCUGGCUAAGCCCACGACCUUAUCCAUGAGUGGCGAAGACACCCCUGAGGAAAGGAUUGCUUGCACCUCACAUCUGUCUUCCAAGAUUCCUCAGAGGUUUUCAAAGUCAACAUCUGAGAACAGAAGCCGCCUCCCCUACUCAGAGAGGAACGAGGGUGGCCCACCUCUCAAGGGCCUUGGAUUUCUGGGACCACCCUCUGCUGGGAGGAAGAAUCCACACCGAAUUCUUCUCUCUUCAUGGCCUGCUGUGCUGAAAGAACACCAGGUUCCAUCUUUCACAUCCUUUUUUCUUCUUUUUCCCCCAGAUGAAGAAGACUCAGGAAGGUAGGGCUGGGCAGAGGCAUCUCUCCUUGAGAGAGAGAGAAAAGCUUCUAAGGGAGAGAGUUUAAAGGCUGCUAGAAACCUAGCCCAGCCAUCCACUCCUGAUCUGAGACAGAACCUUCUCCCCCACUCUUCCUGCAAUCAGUGUGAAAUUCCAGCUUGAUUCCCACUUAGCAGUAUGCUCCAAUCACGUUGCUGGCAAGGCAUUUUAGAGUAUGGAGCUGGGGUUCAAAGCCCCCUGCAUUUCUCUGCUGGCAAGCCUUGGUGGAGGAAGACACUUUCAGGGAAGAGGCUCUUACAGUCUAUGGUGGUAGCCAUCUUCACAUCGAGUCACCAGUUGCAUCUAGGGAGCUGCUGGCUAUAAAAAGGAUCAUCCAGUGGAGUUGUUAUAAAAGGGAUCAUCCAGUGGAGUUGUAAACGAGAGUACCGUCUUGCAAGAUCUAGGAAGAGAAAGGGGAGGGAUGUGGACUGGGUCUGAUCACAGCCCUUGGCCCUGCUUCAUACUUUGGAGAUUAAGAUCAAUUUUGAUAACCAUGUAAUUUAUUAGAACCAUGGCAGGUAGUACUGUGCUUUAAAAACCAGAGGCUCCUGAAAGUCGUUUACACCAGGUGGAUUGAUACCAUGGCUGUAGCUGAUGCAACUAACAAGCACUGGGGCCAGUGAUCACAAUCCGGGGUUGGAAACAGGAGCGAAGCCCACCAGCCUGCCUGGUUGAUGGACAGCAGGCUCUGCUUUCUGGAGGCAGCUUAUAUUCCUAACACCCUGAGCCAGGGCUCUGUGGCCCAGGCCAGCAGUGGCUGCCUCCCUUGGUUCUGCAUGGGACAUUUUGCCAACCCUGAGGACCAGUUCUUGGGGUUCCAGGCCUCGGCCUUCCUGCUCCACCUGCUCAAGCCCCCAUGGGGCUGCGACACCAUCUAGCUCCUCACAGGGAGGCCCAGCCAUGUUCUCUGGGCUCCCAGUGAGCCCCCUCCCCUCCGGCUACCCCCAGAAUCCAUCCUUCAUUCCUCCACCAAGCUCCUGUGUGAGCUGUAGCACCCACACGGGGGAAGCCCUGCACUCCAGCAGUAUCUUCCAGCCUUGGCACAGAACUGAUGGCAAAGGAAGGGCUGGGUUUUCAGCUCCUGGGACCUGAGGAAGACCCCAUCCUCACUCCUCCUUCCCCGGUACAUCAGACUGGCUAGGAGGCAUCCCGGAAGGGGCAGCCUCAUGCCCAGGUUUCAGCCCUAAAGGUAAUGAUUGUCUUGACUCUGCCUUGGCAUUUCGCUCGGAAUCACGGCAGACUUGGGGUGUUUCUUGAAGGCAGGCAUCUGCUUAUGAGCAAGGUCAGUCAUAACAAACAUUUUUCAAAAUAUUGUGCAUUAAUUCAUUAAAGCUACUGUUAAAUAUUUGCUGUUUUUAGAUUGGCUUCCGUGCUAAUUGUGCAGUUGUAGCACUGUAUAUUUUCUCAUUUCUGUGCCAAAAAAGUUCAUCUUCAUGUUUUUCUAAUACACAAUCUUGAUUAUGUUUCCAAAAUAAAGCUUCAGCUCCUUGGUCAAUAGGAAUAAGGGUGCAGCCAUCCAGGGUCUCCCGGCUCUAGGCAGACUGGAUCCCGCGGUUCAUCCCAUGGUUGUUGAAAUGUACCUCAAUCAGUCAUCUCUGGUAUUCCUCACUCUAGCCAUGAGCCAUUGCCAUCUUAUGGGCCCGAUUUACGUACUCUGAAUUAUGUCAUGGAGCAGACAGUUAUUGCUAAAUCCCAGCAACCAAGUUGCCUAUCCUUCCUUAUAGCUAGUUUCUAUAGAGAAGUGAAAAAGAAAUCUGGCUUCCUUAAUAAGAUAGUUGAGCCUAUGACAUGAAGGAGCAGCCCUGCUGGUGGAAGAUUCUAGAUUCACUGGUGGUUUAAGGCCCAGGGAUUUAGUUCUUAACUGGUGCAUAAAUGUUUUCCCAUCCUAACCGGAAAACCACUCACCCAGGCUUCCCCUACUUCCCCUCAAAUUUUCUCAGCUCUGCCGCUGGUCUCCAUGAACGGCAAGGGGAACCACCACUCACUCACUGUCAGUGUAGGAAAGACAGAGGAUGCCCUUGCAAAAAUUGGGACUGAGGACAGAAGCACACACAAUGGUGGAUCGUACAUUUGCACCCAGAGCUACUAAACGCUCAGUGACCCCAGAGACCAUUAAUUUCCCGGAGUGAAGGGGAUGGGGGUAGAGCUAAUUGGGAUUUUUAUUAUCCUAAGAAGAAUGUUGGCCUCUCUUCAUCCCUGACUUAGCCAUGAGGUAGAACACUUACUCACCUGACACCGACUUCUUAGAGAAGCGAGUCUUUUUUGAAUGGAGGAGCGAUGGUAACCCCACUAGGGGGCACCCAUUAUCGGCUCCCAGUGAGCCCUCUUAAGGGUAAGCAGGCCACGUAUCUAGAGUCUGAUAGUCUGUGUGUACAUAAGGUCUAGAAGUCUGUGGAAACGCCCUGAAACCUGUAGUAUUAUCUUAACUACCCUCUUAUGUUAAGGUUUACAUAAUAGGAUUUUUAAACAAAUGUGUUUAAUUUUUUAAGAUCUCUUGUAUUAAAAUUUUCUUUCGGAAUAAGCUGUGGAAAUUUUGUUACAACCUGGUUGAGAUAAACCUCUUUACAAUGACAAAAAUUGUGACAUUUUAUAAAUUAGAUACUUCAGUG